CAGAGUGAAGUGAACGCCUAUUGAUAUACAGUAGGCUAUGCUGGCGUUUUCCUAUCUAUGAAAGUACAGAAGGUCAUUUGUUAACUGAAAGAGUCUCUUUGAAACCACUUUUUUAUUGUUAGUUUUUUUUUGUUCUCUUUCCCCGAAUAUUCAAGUUCAGUUUCUGUAUCCCGUCUACUCCUCAGUAUGACUGAGCCUGCUGAGCUGCUGCUCAUCAAGGGCCAGUAUGAGUUGGCGUUUCAUUCUCUGAGCCAGGGGCUGUCUGCCGAAGAGGCCGGGAAAAGAGCAGAGGCCCUGGUGUUUUACAGGAAAGGUCGACAGCACCUUACCCAGGGAGUGGAAGUCCCCACUGGAGGGGAGAGGCAGCGGGGAGCGGUCUGGGACACGGCCAGGCAUCUUCAGCAGAGGAUGGGGGACACUCUGAGGACUGUCAACACCCACCUCUCUGACCUCGAGACCUCUCAGCUGACAGAAGGAUGCCAGAGGGUCCGCCUUUUGAUGGAUCUUCCUCCCAAUCUUUACCCAGACCUGGCACAAAGCAGCCAGCCUCCACAGAGCUCCCUCAGCCAUCUGUACCCCACUAUACCUGCUACCACCCACAACACAACCCUAAACCCCCCUCCCAGGUCUCCUUCCCCUGACGUGCUGCACGCGCUCCCUGCAGCGACUCCGGGAACUUUAGCAAUGGCUAACUCAGGGGACCAGCCUCCAGCAUACACACCACAGCCAACUGUCGGCCACCGCAGUCUGUCCUACGGUCCCGCUAGAGGUGGCCUCAGGCCGGGGAAGCAGGCCGGAGCAACGGCAGGAGGAGAUGGAAACGAGCUGCUUUUCAUCCCCUCUGGGGUGCAGAUGUUUUUCGUGGCACCAAACGGGCAGGUCAGCUCCCUGUCUCAUCCAGGUUACCUUCGCAUCAUCACAUUUGACAGUCAGCACAAGGGUUCCACUGCUGGAAGACCCUCAACAUUUCUACAUGUGUGCGACUGGCUUUACCCGCUGACGGCAGACACUCCAGUGCUACUGGCUAACUCUGGGAUCUUCAUGUUCCCUGACACCUUGUCAGAGACGCCAGGGUCCUACGUGGGCAUAGUGUUGUCCUCUGAACUGCCUGCUGUACAUCAAGAGACGUUUCGGGACCUCCUCUCGCAGCUAGUUGACCUUAGGGUCCAGGAUCCAGAGGGGGAAGGGUCAGAGGUCAUCAACCUGAGUGAGAAAAUCCCCCUUGGUCCCAUGAAAGAGCAUGAAGGACUUACAGUGCCAACAGGGACGAAGGACAAAGCACCACUUCCUGGAUGGAGUGAGAAGAUGGGGCAAGGAAUCUUGAUAGGAGCUACACGGUUGAGUGUAGGGGUUGUAAAAGGAGCAGAGGCCACUGGUAGGGUCAUUCAUAAAGGAGCAGACAAGAUCCGGGACCACAUCACACCUGAGGAAAUUCCUUCAGAGGUCAACCCUCAUGUCACCAAAGGUCUGCGGGUGGCUAAACAGGCCAGCGGGCGUGCUGUUCGAGUCAGCCAGUUCUUAGUUAAUGGAGUGAGUACUGUGGCAGGACACAUGGCAGACAAGAUUGCUCCCCAUGUGAAGAAACAGAGCUCUAAGCUGGUCCCAAAGUCUAUGAAGAACAAAGAUGGCAGACCUUCCAACUGGGGUGGAGCCAAGUUUGUGGCAGUCAGCAGCAUACACAGUUUCUCUACUGUUUGGUCUAGUCUGGAGACCGGAGCAAAGCUUGUUGGCAAAAGUGUCACAGCAGAGACGGUCACGACGAUGACAUACAAAUUUAAGGGCUUAGAAAAUCUAUUAAAAAUGUCCAGCAACAUAUGACAGCACGGGGGAGUAAAGGCAAAGACUUGUGAACUAACAACUGAUCAACUCUUUCAUGUACUGCACACUCUUUCAUUAACCUAUUUCGAGUCUAACCCUGAAUGACAUUCUCCAAAUCCAACGCAACAGCUUACACAGAAUUGUCUUUUUUAAUAAUUUAUAUCUAGACAUAUAAACGAUGUGUUUUGGGUUCUUUUCUGACUUGAUGUAGUUUAAAGCUUCUGUUCUGUUUGUGGGUUUUUGGGUCUGGUAACUGCAGCUACAUGUCAGCUUGUGUUGGGUGGUGCUGCUCUUGCUGUUCAUACUUUCUGUGGCCCCUUUCCUGGUUUCUUACUAAUAAAACUACUACAAAGUCAAAAA